AUGGAAGAACCGCCCUUCUCCAUCCCUCCUCAUUCUCGGCGUAUCGACCCCACCCAGCCGCGCACCGCUACGUUCAAACCUGAUGGUUCAGACAACGACAACGACCGCGUAGAGGUCGGACCGACUCCGCUGGCGUUCGCGGAGUGGCAGCAUCUGGGUCUGCAGCCACCUCACCUACCGACCAUGCGCGCGUAUCGUCUACAGCGCAUUUGCGAUCAACUAAUUAGUCGCGACCUAGGUGGCAUCCUAUUGUUCGAUCCACUGAACAUUCGUUACGCCACCGACACCAGCAAUAUGCAGCUGUGGACAGCGCACAACCCCUCCCGGGCCUGCUUCGUCGCCGCCAGCGGUUACCUAGUGCUGUGGGAUUUCCAUGGUUGCAAUCAUCUUUCUGCGCACCUGCCGCUGAUUAAGGAAACGCGCAGUGGCGCCUCUUUCUUCUACUUUGAAACCGGCAACCGUACCGAUGAACACGCCGCGCGUUUCUGCGCACAAGUUGACGAAUUGCUCCGAAAGCAUGCCGGCAAUAACCGCCGGCUAGCCGUGGACCGCAUUGAAGUCGCCGGCCUGCGUGCCCUCGAUGCGCUGGGAGUGGAAGUCUGUAAUGGGCAGGCCGUCACCGAGCUUGCGCGGAUGAUUAAGGGCCCAGAUGAGAUCCGGGCUAUGCGCUGUGCGGUCGCCUCCUGCGAAGCCGCGGUUGGCGAGAUGCGUCAGGCCAUGCGCGCCGGUGCCACAGAAAAUGACGUCUGGGCUGCUCUGCACGCAGGCAAUAUUCGCCGUGGCGGCGAAUGGAUUGAAACUCGCCUUCUUAGUUCCGGACCGCGCACCAACCCUUGGUAUCAGGAAUGCGGGCCGCGGAUACUUCGCGAUGGAGACCUGGUGUCGUUCGACACCGACCUCAUUGGCGUAUACGGUAUCUGCGUGGACAUGUCGCGCAGCUGGAUCUGCGGCGACCUUGAGCCUACAGCAGAACAGAAACGUCUGUAUCGCAUCGCCCACGAACAUAUCACCAAUAACAUCGAGAUGGUCAAGCCCGGGGUACGCUUUACGGAACUGACGCGCAACGGUCACCGCCUGCCUGAAAGCUGCCGCGCUCAGCGCUAUAGCGUGAUGUUUCAUGGUGUAGGCCUGUGCGACGAGUACCCUACCAUCCGCUACCCCGAAGACCUGGAGUCUUACGGCUACGAAGGAGAGCUGCAAGCGGGCAUGGUACUAUGCGUUGAGGCUUAUGUCGGUGAAGUGGGCGGCAAAGACGGCAUCAAGCUAGAGAACCAGCUACUCGUGACGGAGACGGGCUAUGAGCUACUAACUCGCUAUCCCUUCGAAGAGAGCUUCCUACGCGACUGA